AUGAUGCCGGUACUUGGAGCCACGCCGAUGCAAGUCGCACCUCGACAACGAGCUCCGCGACAAACUGCUCUCAAAGUCAACCAUGUACAAAUUGCUUUCGCCGCUUUCCCUCACCUGAAUGUAUAUAUGAAGUCAAGUCUUCCAAAAGCUUCACGUCCUAAGCCACCUCUAGUGGUAGAUGUACGACAAGGUCCUUACUCACAUCUCAACCCUGCGUCUAUCCAAGACGCUCUUUAUUAUCUCGAAGACGAACGAUCACCAUCUUCCUCGGCAACUAGCCCUAGCACAACUGUCGCCACUUCCGCUACACAACCACGAACCGAUCUAUGGUUACCUUACAAGAUUCAUUCAUCAGCAAAUGGUGACGACGAUGACACCAUAGCUCAGUCUGUCUUGACCAUCACAGCAAAGAGUACCGCAAAAGCCAAACUCAGUUAUUCCAAUGAACGUGUCACGGAGAUCUUGGGCUCUCAGGAUCAUGAUGAGUGGUUUAAUAUCCUUCCGCCAGUUGAUGGCUCUGCAGUACAGCUAGAGUAUCUUCCCAUGAAACCUACCAAGUUAAACAAGGAGUUAGUACGCAUUCACUUGCAGUUACUCUCACGCUUCAAAUGCGCAGUAGACGGUAAUCCAGAUCCUGCCAACGAGUUCAUGAACUUUUGGAUUCCUUGCACUUUGCAAGAUCCCCUCCUUCUCCAAAUCGUCUUAUUCACAUCAUCAUGCUGGUUGUCCGAAACCCGUCAUUUUUCCAAGGCUUUACAAUACGCACACAAGCACCAGGUUUAUCGAAUGCUAAAUUCUCAGCUCACAGAUCAACAAGCACAGACGAGCGAUACUUUAGUCCUUGGUGUUGUCCAAAUGAUUGCAGACUCUUGGUACUGGGGUGCUACGCACGAUUUAAAAGCCCACCUUAGUGGUCUCAGAGGGAUGAUCACCCUGAGGGGUGGCCUGUCUCAGCUCGGUUUGCGUGGUUAUCUGGCCAAGAUGGUUCUCAUUCACGACAUCGUCAUGGCGCUCGCACAUGAGAUCAAGCCAUCCAUGUAUGGGCAUCCCGGCUUCGAGUUCCGAGACUCUCGUACCAUGCCUUUCAACACGGCCUUCAACACCCCUUUUAUCAGCAAUUGGCAAUCCUUCAAAGAAUGCUCAAACUCUCUGCAACUACACCUCAGCACUGCUCAAAUACUCGACGACAUGAGGAGCUUGUUCUCAGCCGUUCUAGCUUUACCGAGAAAUCCAAGUUCUGAACACGUCCAAAGGGUUCUGUCAACGGCCCAGUGGUUUCAUGAGAGAAUCCUGGAUCUACCGGAAGACACACCAGGUCUCCAAACUCCAAGACCUUCUCAUUCGUCUCGAGCAAGCUCGGUCGAGAGCCCAGGUAGUUCUGCGGGAUCACAUAGAACUGACAAGUCUUCAUCGCCCUCCCUACUUCCAGACAUUAUGUAUUGCGUUAUCCGCAAAGUGGCCUUGAUCUACUGCAAAGCGAUCCUCAAUCGUUCCCCAAUCAGCUCUGCUUGUUCUGAAGAAGACAUUCAAGUGAUUUGGCUAUCGAUCUGGAACUCUGGUCUGGCAACAUGGAAAUCAGUUUUGGGUAUCUUUGCAUGGGUCAUGAUAGCCCUUGUAACAAAUUGUCACAAAAUCGGUCCUGGCCGUCUCAUCAAGACCUUGACCAUGUCUACAAUGAUGUCCAUCGGAAUGGAAAACUGGGACGUCUUUAAGCAUAUAGCGAAAACAUCCUUCAGAUUACAAAGAUGGCUGGCAGGAGGGCAAGAUCAUACGAAUGACCUUAUGGGAGGAGAGAAAGUGGUGGACAAAUAUGGCUUUGGGAUGAUAGGCGCAUUACCGCCUGUAGAUAUACCAGCUGAUGUGGAAUCAUCAGAACAUAUUUAA